CUCAAGACCCUAAAAGAAAAGCUGGAGGAAAUGGAUGAGAUUCAGAUUUCCGUUGCUGCACUUCGAGUUUUAAAAGAAUUAAAAUUCAGAUGGGUAAAUUGUAGUUUUUCUAACAGAAAGUAUUUAAUGGAACAACCCAAUGUUACCUUAAAGAGACUCCAAUUUUUAAAAGCCUACAAGGAAAAUCAAAACAGUGUAUGUCCGUUAAAACCAGUUUUCUUGGAUGAAACGUGGAUAUGCAGGAAAGGUGGAUUCCGAAAGAGCUGGCAAGAUGGCAGUAGUUAUGCAGUCAGAAAGAAGAUUGGAGAAGGUGUACGAUACAUUGUCCUUCAUGCAGGUUCUGAAAAUGGGUUUAUUGAAAACGGUGAACUCAUUUUCAAAAGUGGAAGUAAAUCUGGUGACUACCAUGAUUCGAUGAAUUCGAAUAAUUUCGGAAAAUGGUUUGAGCAUCACCUGUUACCAAACUUAGAAGAACCUUCAUUGAUUAUAAUGGACAAUGCAUCACACCAUUCAACUGUGGUUGAAAAAAUACCAAAUGCAAGUUGGGCAAAACAUUCUCUAAUAGAAUGGUUGACAAACCGACACAUUAGCUGUUCAAUAUCUAUGAUGAAAUUUGAGUUAAUGGAUAUUUUAAAGAAGAAUCUACCAGAUAAGGUAUUUAAGUUGGAUAGACUGGCCCUUCAAUAUGCCCAUCGUGUCUUGAGACUGCCUCCAUACCAUUGUCAAUUUAAUCCAAUAGAUAAUGUUUGGUCUGACUGCAAAAGGUAUUACGAUGCCAAUAUAACUUCUUCUGGCGUUACAAAUGAAGCCACAGUAAUAAAUGUUUGGAAGAAAUCAUUACAACAGGUCACACCAGAAAAGUGGAGGAAGUAUGUUAGACAUGCAGAAAAACUUAUUGACGAAUAUUGGGAGACGGCAAAGAGAAUAAACACAAGCCACAUAUCUCCUAUAAUUAUUGAUUUAAAGGAAUCGGAUUCUGACUCGUCAGAUGAUGAUUUUGUGGAAAUGUCAGAAAAAAACUGACACUCAUUCUAGCAAGUGCUACCAUACUGUCAACAUGUGAACAAUUCGAAUUAGAGCUCAGAUGGUACCUAGAGCAUAUUACAUGGAAUAUUUUGAACAUCUAUGUUUAAGCUCGCAUAUUUCAUCUAUGUUUCCUUGACGUAUUACUUUUAAAGGGUUUUUAUCCAUAUAUUUUUAUAAUAUUGUAUUUUGGUGGUUAGCAUGUUGGAUCACGUAAGCACUGAUGAUGAUUGGUCAUCCAAUCGAAAACUAGUUCGGUGAUGUAGCCCUUUUUAGGGAUUUUUAAAUAUAUACCUUUUAUAAAAGAUUUUAUAUGUCUUUAUAUUUUCUAACUUUCUCAUGGUAAUAUUUAGUGUUAUUUAGUUCCUAUAUUCCUAGUAUCUCCCAGUUAUUUAGUUGUGUGUGUUGUGUCACCUAAUCUACUUUCAUUUCUAGAUGAUGCAGGCAGGUAUUUCAAAAGAUCAAUUACUACUUUAGCUCCAAGUGGUAUGUUUUUAGUAUCUUCAGUAUCAUUUGGUGUUUCUACAACAAAUGUCAAAAACAUAUCAUAUCCAGUGGAACCAAUUAUCAUCCAAUUCUUAUAUGACAGAAAUAUUUCACCAUGGAUUCGUCUCUAUAGAUAUAUCGUGAUGAAAACAUUCCCACUGGCAGAAAUUUUCUAUAAUUUUAUCUGCUAUGGGUGUAAUUUUGUAUCACCAGUUUCACCUAUUUUGGCAUUAUCCGCUAGAUGAACAAACUUUUUCAUUUAUUAGUACCUGUCUCUGUUCAUAGUGUUGUAAACAGAGGGAGCUCCUAGGUCCUCACCUAAUGACCAGUAUAACCUUUCUUGUAGUAAUCUAUUAUACCCAGUUAGAUAACAUCUUAUAUAUUAUUUAUUUUUUUGGCGUACGUAAUAAUUUCUUCAGUAAGUAAUUUUGCAAAAAAAUUGAAUUGUGAUGAAAUUCUCAGAGCUUUUUAACGUUUUUAAAUAAUUAUUCAGCCAGAUAAUCUAAAGUUAUUAGAGUAAGACACUGCACUUAGUUAAGUAUCAUUGAUACUCAAAAGAAAUCUUAAAUACAGAAAAGGUUUUAAUCUUAUCUUACACUGAU